AGAAAACCAUCACGUCGUAUAAACGUGAUGCGAGAAAACAAGUCUCCAUUCCUCGACCUGCCGCCAGAGCUUCGACUCAUCAUCUAUGGAUUUUUGCCGACCAAGGCGCGCCAUGUCAAAGUCCAGUUCCAAGAGGAAUUCAUUAAUCGAAUUCACGGUCACCCACAUGACCACAAUGAGAUAACUCUUAUAGUCCGAUCGCUUCCAGCUAUCGGUAUUCUGGCAACCUGUCGAAAAAUCCACGACGAGGCCAAAGCCGUAUUACUAUCCAAGCUAGUAUCUCAAGCUCCGUGCGUCAUUGUACCCUGCACACUUCGACCCCUCCGGACUGGGAGUUCUCGCCCGAGUUACAGAGCUAUUUUCGCGCAUCUCGUUUUCCAGGAGAUUCGCCAUUUUCCUUUCCUCAAUAGUUGGCGCUUCCAAACUAUUCGCUCGUACUAUCGAGACUUCAGGGACUGUCACCUUGCCAACUAUGGCACAUUGGACGCGAUUCGCGUACGCAAAUUCAUUGUCAAUGGGGCGCAGUACUUGUUUCACCGGGCUUUCAAAUCUGCUAGCGACCGGCCAAUGGAUGCGUUUCGUAUAUCCAGAUUUAUCGAGACCGGAGAGCUAUACUCGCAGCCUGGAGGUCUUAAUUCUGCGAAUCUAGUAGGCCUACCCGAUUGGCCUGUACGAAUCGCUUUCGACUUCACCGCAGAUUCUUCUUUCCCGUCAGACUUAGUUAACAAGUCGUCUCUGUUAUUCAAUCGUCCAUUUAUCUGCGAGGCGUUGGUUGAUCAAUUUGAUGCGAAACUGCAGUUUGUCGAUCCGGUGAUGACCAUGGAUGAUGGCUUGCAUGGAGCAGAAAUCUUGGCCGAAUUGGAAAGCCUUAUUAUGGGAUGUGAGCCAGUUCAGAGAUACCCUCACUGGAUGGAGAAUCUGAUACAGGAGUAUGCAGAGUCACAGGCCAGUGUAACAAGCGGGGAGGAGUGGGAACACGAGCACUGGAAAGAAACAAUUGAAGAAUGAACAGAUGGUCACUCGUUCUCAGAGCGCGUUUCCAUGAAUGCAUGAUACCCUCGCAACAGAACGUAUCCU